ACUGAAGAAGACAAAGAAAAUGCGCUGGGAAAGUAUUACUGCGACUACUGCGAGAAGCAGUUCCAAGACACCCCUUCUGCUCGAAAGCGCCACCUGCAGGGUCUCCAACACCUCCGUGCGAAAGCUCAAUGGUACCACUCCCAAAACGCCAAUGAUCCCAAUCACAGUUUAACAGAACCCUUUGCAAAAGGAGUCUGCAAUCGCUUCCUCAAAACGGGAUUUUGCCAGUUCGGAGAUAACUGCAAAUACUUCCAUCCCAUGAACGAUUCGCGAGGCGCAAAUCCUCAAGCAGCAGCUGCGCCUGGACCAGGUGGUGUGGAGGGAGCUGGUAUUGGAAUGUCGUGGGGCAAUCUCCCGCCAUCCCUGAAGCCUCCACCUGAGGGUGGAUACCCUCCACUGCCCUUUGUGGAUUGGGGAUAAGUCUGUUAGACGCCAAUUUUGUCAGUUGCUACUGAUAUGACUACUGCUGUUAUACUUUUCUACUACUUGUUCUUCAAUGUCAAAGCUAUGCUGUUUAUGGUUAUGUUAGUGCAUGUUAAAUAAAACAAUCACCUUUCUGUUU